AUGCGCUGGACUACCUUAUUUCUACUGGUUAUUAUUGUGCUGAAUGGAGCUGCGGAACCUAUCGCAAGUAUGUUUUAAAUUCUUUUAAAAUUAAAACUAGUGGGCUUACUUUUUCAGUGAAAGAGUCAUGAAAAUGUUUGAAAAUGUUUUCUCUAGAAGUUAUCUAGUUCCUUAUCGUAUUUAAACAAAAACCGAGCUUUCAGAUUAAUCCAACAUUUUUAGAAUUUUACUAUAAAUUCGGUGAUAUAUUCACGACUUUCAUAUUUAUGCUUUGAAAAUAGUUUUUCUUGCUAAUAUUCCACGGAUUCUCAAAAAUAAAUUAAGACAUUUAUUUUUGAAGGUAACUUUCUGAACUCUAAAACAUCAAGCUCCCAGUUUCCAAUCAUUUCUGCAGCAAAUUUUGUUGUUAUUUUCAAUUUUCAAUUAAUUAUCACGCUUCAAAAUAUUCCAAUAAGACACACAGAUUUCACAAAUAUUUUCAAUUUCCCGGAAGGCUGUCAUUCAAAAAAUAAUGCAUCAUAUUUUUCCCCUUCUUUUCUUCCAACUGUGUUCAUAAACACAACAUUUAUUCCCAUAUGAAUCAGUAAGAUGGAUGAGUAAAUGUGUCACUGGAAGAAAUAACCAAAAACUACAUCAGAUAACAAAAAGACGUAGUAUAUUUUUAGGCUUUUUCGAUGGACACGAUGCAAGAAACGAAUGUAAAGCUCGACUUGAUCGAAGACUUGCCGGAUUUUCUGGAAUCCUAUAUUCACAUUCAUUGUAUGGAAAAGAGUUGUAUAAUUCAAGCAGAAAUUGUGUUUUGAUGCUUGUUGCACCGGUUGGAUAUAAUAUUAGAGUUCGAGCAUUGGUUUUUGAUGUGACAACAUCGCCGAAUUCAAGAACUUGUGAAAAGGAUACAUUGCAUAUUUUUGAUGUAAGCAUAAAAACAACACAUUCUCAAAAUAAAAAUAUAGUGAAAAGAUCAACAAGUUUAUUUCAAAAACAGUUAAUUGGCUGGGACGAGAAAAAAACAGUUAUAAUAUUUGAGUAAAUAAAUAUCUGUCUUUCCUUUUCAAAAACUCAAUAAAUAUACGAAUCUUAUUUUUAGCACGAAACAACAGUUGACCCGGAAAGUUAUGCACCUCCCCGCAUCGAUGACAUAACAUCGCCUGGCCCAAUAAUAGGUAUCAUUUUUCCACAGUUUUUUGAUCUUCACCGACAAAAUAAUUUUCUAGGCCAAUUUUGCGGUCAUUACGAAAACCGUAUUUUAAAUGUCAGCACAAAAAAUGCAAUGACUUUAUGGUGGCACGCAAAUGUAUCAGCCUCUGGGAAACCAUCAAAAGGUUUCAAAUUACACUGGGGAUCAUACAGGGUGUCAAGAACCGGAAAUUGUGUGACUGGUGAAUUUUCGUGUGGAAAUGGAGAAUGUAUUCCAAUUGAGUUGGCUUGUGACAAAUAUGCAGAUUGUUCAAAUGGUGAAGAUUUGAUUCAUUCAAAACAACUUGCUGCAAAUUGUCAGAGUGGGUUUUAUAUGAAAAUAAAUAAAACACCCUGUAUUUUACUAUAAAUAUUUAGAUAUUGAACUCGAUCCAUUAACUACAGUCAGUGGUUUAUUUGUCUUACUCUUCUCGGCAAUCAUUAUUUUAUCGAUUUGUGGAGUUAUGAUGCUUGUCUGCUAUUUGUGUAAAUGUCUUCGACCAAGCACACCAAUUAAAGGUGAGAAUAUAGAAAGGAUUAGGAGUUUAUUAGGGGGAAAGGUAGGCAAGAUAAGCGGCAUGUUACUUUGAUGAGUCGAUUGCUAGAUGUUUGUAUAACAAACAGUAGCUAAAGUAACGGAAAAGAGAAAUUGGGUCAAUUUGAUUUUUGUUUUGAACAACAGAAUAUUCUGAAACUAAAUUUUGAAAAUAUAAAAAAUAAUUAAUAUGUUGUACAAAACUUCACUUUGUAUUCCAAAAAAAAACAAAAUUAUACCAAUUUUUAAAUAGCUGAAAUUACAAGCUGAACAAAGCAGCAAAAACAUCUCCUAUAUUUACAGGUGCAUCAUCUCAAUCCACAACAACCGACUACAACAAACCCGACCCACCACAAUUUUAUCCACCAUCUCCUCCAAAAAUGCCACCACCGUCAGCUGCUUCAAGUUUCACACCAAGAAAACAUCACCCACAUCAUCAAUUGUAAGAUCAUUUUUUUUAAUGCGAACCUUAAUCUUAAUCAAUAUUUUCAGCGAUGGUCCGUUUUCUCGAAACGAUUUUCAUGCAGUUCGAAUGAAUCAAAAUUUGGAUAUGAGUGGAGAAUACACUUAUGUUCGAAAUGAUGUUCAUAGAAAUUUACUGUAG